GUCUUCUUCUCCUUCCUCGUUCAAUUCAAUCCCCUUGGGCGCCUGCUCCCCUUAAUCAACUCUGCUAAACCCUAUAAAAGCCUCCCUGAACUGAACCAUAACCUAAUACAGCUCUCCUUCCCUGCCUUAUCUACCCUCCAUUCAUCCUCCCUUUAUCCCUCACAACACCAUUGGAGGGAGAAAUGAAUCCCUCGACGCUUCUCGCUUCUCAUUUCUCAAACAACCGCUUUUCCACCUCCUCUUAUCUCCUCAAUCCUCUCCCUCUUCCAACUCCCGCUAACUUCAAUCUCUCCAGACGUCGCCACUUCAGAGUCUCAAUUCCCCGUGCCUCCUCCGAGGUUGCACAACAAGACGUCUCCUCCUCCUCCCCUUCCUCGCUUGAUAUCUUUGGUGGCAAGAAGGAGCUUACUGGGCUUCAGCCUAUCGUUCACCUUCUACCUCCGCCUUUACGCUUAGCAACCUCUGCCAUUGUUGUUGCCGGAGCUGUAGCCGCCGGUUAUGGACUCGGCUUGCGCUUUGGUAAGUCCAGCAACGCAGCUUUAGGUGGUGCUGCUGCUCUCGCUGCGGCUAGUGGAGCCGCUGUAUACUCCUUUAAUUCUUGUGUUCCUGAAGUUGCGGCUGUCGAUUUGCAUAAUUAUGUAGCCGGUUUUGAUGAUCCCAAGAACGUGAAGAAUGAAGAAAUUGAAAGCAUUGCCACAAAAUAUGGAGUUAGCAAGCAAGAUGAGGCGUUUAACGCGGAGCUUUGUGACUUGUAUUGUCGAUUUGUGUCUUCUGUUCUUCCCUCGGGAAGUCAAGAUCUUAGUGGUGAUGAGGUUGACACAAUCAUCAAGUUCAAAAGUGCCUUGGGCAUUGAUGACCCUGAUGCAGCUGCUAUGCAUAUGGAGAUUGGUAGAAGAAUUUUUAGGCAACGGCUUGAAACUGGAGACCGUGAUGGUGACCUAGAGGAACGUCGGGCAUUUCAGAAACUUAUAUACGUAUCAACCCUUGUGUUUGGGGAUGCAUCGUCUUUCCUGUUACCUUGGAAACGUGUUUUUAAGGUUACUGAUUCUCAGGUCGAGAUUGCCAUCCGCGACAACGCUCAACGCCUGUAUAUUUCUGAGCUAAAAUCAGUUGGAAGAGAUCUUAAUGCGGAAAAGCUCAUAAGCCUCAAGGAUGCACAACGUUUGUAUCGACUUUCUGAUGAGCUGGCAGGUGAUUUAUUUAAGGAGCAUACAAGGAAGCUUGUUGAGGAAAAUAUAUCAGUAGCACUCAAUAUACUCAAGUCCAGAACAAGGGCAGUCCGGGGAGUCAUCGAAGUUGUGGAAGAGCUUGAUAAGAUACUCGAGUUCAACAGUUUACUUAUUUCAUUAAAGAACCAUCCAGAUGCCAAUCGCUUUGCUCCUGGUGUUGGCCCAGUUUCUCUCCUGGGUGGAGAGUAUGAUGGUGACAGGAAGAUAGAUGAUUUGAAGCUCCUCUAUCGAACCUAUGUUACAGAUUCUUUAUCUAAUGGCCGCAUGGAAGAAGAUAAGCUUGCUGCCUUGAAUCAAUUGAGAAAUAUAUUCGGUUUAGGGACGCGAGAAGCAGAAAACAUUACACUUGAUGUUACCUCAAAGGUUUAUCGCAAACGUCUUUCACAGUCUGUUAGUAGUGGUGAUUUGGAGAUAGCAGAUAGUAAAGCAGCCUUCCUCCAAAAUCUCUGUGAGGAGCUUCACUUUGAUCCAUUGAAGGCCAGUGAGAUUCAUGAAGAAAUUUACCGACAAAAGCUUCAGCAAUGUGUUGCUGAUGGAGAGCUGAGUGAUGAGGAUGUAUCGGCACUGCUGAGGUUAAGAGUUAUGCUUUGCAUACCUCAACAGACUGUCGAAGCGGCACAUACAGAUAUUUGUGGUUCCUUGUUUGAAAAGGUUGUAAGGGAGGCCAUUGCUGCAGGUGUUGAUGGUUAUGAUGCAGAUAUAAAGAAAUCUGUGAAGAAGGCAGCUCAUGGCUUGCGCUUGACUAGGGAGGCUGCCAUGUCAAUUGCCAGCAAAGCAGUUCGGAAGGUUUUCAUCAACUAUAUAAAGCGAGCUCGUGGAGUUGGAAACCGUACUGAAGCUGCAAAAGAACUUAAGAAGAUGAUUGCUUUUAAUACGCUAGUUGUUACAGAAUUGGUGGCUGAUAUAAAAGGGGAAUCUUCUGAUGCUGAUGCCUCAUCGGAAGAGCCUAUCAAAGAAGUAGAGGAACAGCUUGAGGAGGACGAGGAAUGGGAAUCACUUCAGACUUUGAGGAAAAUAAAACCAAACAAAGAGCUUUCUGCAAAAUUGGGGAAACCUGGUCAGACAGAGAUCACUUUGAAGGAUGACCUGCCAGAAAGAGAACGAACCGACCUUUACAAGACAUAUUUGCUUUUUUGUAUAACUGGUGAAGUUACCCGUAUUCCUUUUGGUGCUCAGAUUACGACAAAGAAGGAUGAUUCUGAGUAUGUCUUACUAAAUCAGCUUGGCAACAUUUUGGGUUUAACCACUAAGGAGACUGUUGAAGUACAUAGGAGCCUUGCUGAGCAGGCCUUCCAGCAACAAGCUGAGGUAAUUUUGGCCGAUGGUCAACUUACAAAGGCCAGGGUAGAACAGCUCAACGAGUUACAGAAGAAAGUUGGGUUGCCUGCUGAAUAUGCCAAUAAGAUCAUUAAGAACAUAACAACCACAAAAAUGGCUGCUGCCAUCGAAACUGCUGUUGGUCAAGGACGGCUCAACAUUAAGCAGAUUAGAGAACUUAAGGAAGCAAAUGUUGAUCUAGAUAGCAUGAUAUCUGAGAGAUUGCGAGAGAAUCUCUUCAAAAAGACUGUGGAUGACAUUUUCUCAUCCGGCACUGGCGAGUUCGAUGAAGAAGAAGUCUAUGAGAAAAUCCCGUUGGACCUCAACAUUAAUGCUGAGAAGGCAAAACGGGUUGUACACGAGCUGGCAGAGAGCAGGUUGUCAAACUCCUUAGUUCAGGCCGUGGCAUUGUUCAGGCAGAGAAAUCGUCAGGGGGUGGUAUCAUCUCUCAAUGAUCUUCUUGCAUGUGACAAAGCUGUUCCAUCGAAGCCUUUAUCAUGGGAUGUGUCGGAAGAACUUGCCGAUCUGUACUCUGUAUAUGCAAAGAGCGAGCCGACCCCUGAGAAGUUGUCUCGUUUGCAAUAUUUGCUGGGCAUAGAUGACUCUACUGCAGCUGCUAUUCGAGAAAUGGGGGAUAGAUUACAACCUAUUGGUGCGGAGGAGGAAAACUUUGUAUUUUGAUUUUUGUGCACUGAUAAUAGGAAGUGAAUUUUGGUCAUUAUUGUUCCAAUUUUUGUUUUCAUAAUUUUCCUAGACCUGACGAAAACCGAGAGGCAACAAUAAUUGAUAGAUUGAGAUAUAUAUGAUGUGGUGUGAUAUUUGUAUUUUGUAGCCAGAGAUUUGCUUAAUAAUCGUACUGCUCCAUUAACAA